GCUUAUGAUUAUGGACCACUACCGCCAGGAGCGCCACCUAUGUACGAUUACCCUCCACCACCACCACCACCUGGACAAAUGUAUGAUCCUCUAUACCACAACCAAGCCUAUGAUCCAAUGGGCUUCCCUAUGUAUCCGCCGCAGUUCCUGAAUGUAACAACUCCUGCGCCCACAACAACUCCAGCACCAACCCCUGCAGGAGAGGUUGAGAUUGAAGGACCCAUUACAACUCCGCCUCCAGUAACAACUACCACCACUUCGGCACCAGUGUAUAACAUGAGUAAUACGUACAUCCAUACACAGGGACAACAUUCGACUCUUCAUCAUGGUGGUGCACGUUAUCCAUUAGCACAGCCCGGUUCUGGAUAUCCCCAACAGUAUGCUUAUGGUCAUUACGGGCCUCAAUAUCAGCAACAGAAACCAGCUAACAAUUGGCUUCCUGCCCAGCAGCAACCAGGUGCUUAUCCUCAACAGCCAGGUGCUUACCAACAACAACCCGCCAAUUAUCAACAACAACCCGCGAUGUAUGCUCAACAACAGGGUUAUGCCUCCCAACAACAACCCACUCCUUACGCGUCCCAGCCCACUGCGUACGGUCAACCACAAACGUAUGCUCCUCAGCAACCCCCUGCAUAUGGUGUUCAACAGGAGGCCUCUGUGUACCCAACCGCCUACCCACAACAACAGCAGGCUUCUUAUCAACAACAACAGCCUGCUUAUCAACCUCAGCAACCGGCCUAUCAACAACCGAAUGCUUAUCCACAACAACAAGCAGGUGCCACUCAGUAUCACCAGCAGCAUCAGCAACAACAGCACCAGCAGUAUAACUAUCCCAUGCAACAACCUAGUAAUUACCCAAUGCCGCAACAACAGCCUUCGCAGCAAUCGCAAUACCCACAACCAAACCAUACGCCUACUAGCCAGCAGACUGGACAAAACAAUUACGCUGCAGGGCCCCAAACGCAACAAAAUCCACUUGAUUCAGAACGGCUGCAGCUUCAAAAGCUUCUUUUCCAGAUUCAGCAAGCUAAAUCCAAAACGCAAUCUGCAAAAUUACCAGUAGCACAACGGGAGCAAUGGGAGGCGAUAUUUAAAAAACUUUAUCAAAUUUAUCAACAGUACAAAGCGCAACAGAAAGCCCAAUCCAGAACAUCGGGUUAAGCGGGCAAUACUAUUAAUCCAGAGACGGCGUCAAGAUUUCGAGAUGUUUCAUUAAUCAUUAUGUCCAAAGAGAUAUGUUAUUAUGACAAGCUGUCCACAUGACAGGCUGCUUAAGACAUAAUAGUCAUGAGCUGUAUAUUACUGUCAAAAUGUUAUGGACACAGUGAGAAUGGUUAUGUUUCCUGUUGACGUAUAACAAGAUUCUUGAGUAUUUUUAGAGACAUUUUUAUAUAUUUUUAUGGAGAAAAGUGAAAUAUUUUCUAAAAAGAGGGAAGGGGGAUUUGUCGUUCUUUGAAUUACGUAAGGGCUGAACCGAAUUUACACUCUGUAACCAGCUUUUAAUUUGAAAGAUAUUAGAAAUCAUACAGAUUUGAUGACUUGGGAAUGGAUCGUUCAGUUGGCCAUCAAAGUUAGAACAAACUGUCCAUUUUUGCCUUUAUACUAUGAAUUGGGGACCCUAAACAGAAAGAUGUUCUUUCUCUUUGAUUUCGCCCUUUUCUUUAAUUUAUUUCUUUGCAGUAUUGUUAGUUUACAAUGGACGUUCACAAGGUGAAUAAUUUUAGCAAUAGUGCUUUAAAAUAACAGUCUCGUAAAUUAAAAAAAGAAAUACAUUACAUAGGUUGUUUUUUUUUAAAAAUGUGAACCUUGGUCAUCUGAAGUUCCAAAACUGCAUACUCGGAUUAUCUACUUGGAUUUACAUACGACCAUAGACUGCCACUUAAAAGGAACAAUUAUAAAGAAAGUGUGUUUUAGAAUGGUACUGAUAUUUUUAUAUGGAUAUUGUAUUACUUAUUUAUAUAGAUAUAUUAUAAUGCUGGUCUAGGGGGGUGGGGUCUAUUAAAGAUGGCGAAUACAAUGACAGUAUGUAAUAAA